AUGCAUAUAACAGACUCGGCUAUUGUGAGAGCACAGAUCCAAAAAGAGUCGUAUGGAUUUGGGACUUUUGUAGCAACAAGGGUAGCAGAAGUACAAUCGAAGAGUAAUCUCAAUGAAUGGAAGGACUCAGAUGAAUGUGUGAUUGAUUUAUCUAAAUUCAAAAAUUACAAUAAAGUUAUUGCAGUUACAAGUAGGAUAUUAAAUGUAAAGAAGAUCAGAUCUUUAAAGGGUAUCUUAUUACGGCUUGAACCUGAUAUUCUAAAAGAAGCAGAACAAUUUUGGAUCAGGAAACAUCUGUUUACUAUACUUUAUAUUAGUCAUAUGCAUAAUAUAGAUCAUGCUGGAGUGGAUGUUACACUUUGUAAGCUACAGACAAAGUUCUGGGUUCCUUCAGCACGUAAAGUCAUCAGAGCAGUGAAACGCAAAUGUGUUACUUGUAGGAGAUUAGAUUACAAAGUUGAAGGUCAGUGCAUGGGUCAAGUCGCUACUGAAAGAAUAACUCCAUGUCCAGCUUUCUAUCACACUGCUAAAGAUAUCUUUGGGCCGUUUCAAAUAAGAGACAAUGUGAAGAAAAGAACUACUGGGAAAGCUUAUGGUGUUAUAUUUAAUUGCAUGGUUACUCGUGCAGUAUAUAUUGAUGUUGUUGAUGGAUAUGAUACCCAUAGUUUCUUGAAAACUUUCAGACGCUUCACAGCUGUUCAUGGAUAUCCAGCUACUGUUCAUUCAGACUUAGGCUCUCAGCUGGUAUCAGCUAGUAAGGAACUUCAAAUAGCUAUAAACAACUGGAAUAUGUCUGAUAUUUCUGAAUUUGGAACAAAAAGGGGAUUAAAAUGGAUUUUCAACCGUUCAGCUGAUGCAGCAUGGCAAAAUGUUAGUGAGUCCUUGAUCAAAUCGGUGAAAAGAUCCUUAGCCAUGAUAAUUGGAUCCACUCUAAUGACAUAUAGUGAUUUACAAACUAUAUUUUUUGAAAUAGCAAACCUUAUGAAUGAAAGGCCUAUUGGGUUAAAACCUGGUAUGGAUUUAGAAUUAGGAACUUACUUGUGCCCAAAUGACUUGCUUUUAGGCAGGGCAAGUAAUCAUGCACCAUGUGGACCAUGGAAGGAUUCUUUCAAUACAAAGAGAAGGUUAGAUUAUAUCCAAAAUGUUGUUAAUACAUUUUGGCGUAAAUGGCACAGAGAUUAUUUCCCUACAUUAAUUGUUAGACAAAAAUGGCAUACUGAUAAAAGAAAUUUGCAGUCUGGUGAUAUUGUGUUAAUACAAGAUACACUAGGUUUGGAUUUAGGAUUCACAAUAUAG